AUGUCAGGUUAUGGUCUUGAGAUUGUAGAUACUUUGAUUGUUGAUAUAGAACCAGAUCAACAUGUGAAGAAAUCCAUGAAUGAAAUCAAUGCAGUUGCUAGAAUGAGAGUUGCUGCAAAUGAAAAAGCAGAGGCUGAAAAGAUUCUUCAAAUCAAACGAGUAGAAGGAGAAGCAGAAUCCAAAUACUUAUCUGGACUUGGAAUCGCUAGACAGCAUCAAGCGAUUGUGGAUGGUUUGAGUUGUCACUUUACAGGCUUUAGAGUUUUGAUUGUUGUGGACAUCGAUGUUUCUUAUGUUACUCUCAACUCUCUCAUCUCCAGCCAUCCUCAACCUAAACGUGCCUCUCAUCUCCGAUCAGGUUUAAUUUCCUCAUUUUAUUGUUUCCAUAUGAGCUUUCACCGUCCGUCUAAAGUGCUCUUUCGAUUAUUUUACAAAAAAAAUUUGGCACUUGAUUGGUAUAUGGGUUUUGAGUAG